AUGUCGCCUUCAAGGCCGAGACCGCAGCUAGCCACAUAUGGCCUCAAGGUCGCUGAUUUUCCCAGAAUCAAGCGUGAUAUCAAUAACACAAUUGUGUUAGCUGAAGGUGAUGAUUUAGAACUUUCUUUACCUCCUAUGGUUAAAGAAGCUAGUAAAUCAAUGGAAAAAAUAAUGAAAACUGAUCUUUAUAGAAGAGUAGUGCUAAGAUGCCCUCUCAUUGCUUUACCAGAACCUAAAAUAACAUGGUACAAGCUCAGAGUUCUCAUAAAAAGAAUUAACAGAUCAAUGGAUACUGGAGUGAUUGGAGUAGAUGGAGUGAUUGUUCCAGUACAUGUGGUGAGGGGUGGCAGCGACGUACUCGACGUUGUAAUAACCCACCUCCUUCUAUUGGUGGUGAUGAUUGUGUUGGCCAAACCUAUGAGGACAAAAAAUGUGAAAUUGUUCCCUGUCCAAUAAAUGGAAAUUGGGGCAAGUGGUCUGAUUGGAGUGAGUGCACUAAAACUUGCGGUUACAGCAUAAAAAUUAGAAGAAGGCGCUGUAACAAUCCUGUACCAUCCUUUGGUGGUCUUCCAUGUUCAGGAAACAGCAGAGAUAUAACUCUGUGCCAAAAACCCAAGUGUAGAGAUGUUGGUUGGUCACCGUGGUCAGAAUGGAGUCCUUGUUCUGUCACUUGUGGUACCGGUCGCCAAAUAAGAAAAAGAUUCUGCCUUGGUGGAGUUUUCAGUGUGGAUUGCAAGGGAGAAUCCCGACAGAAUAAAUGGUGCCAAAGAUUGCCAUGCCACAGAAGAAGAUUUCUGAGAAGUGCACAACUGAAUAUUUAUGGCGAAUUGAAUGGUUUACCUGUUGAAGAAACAAUUCUAGCUGAAAUAGAAGAGAAUAGUAAUGAAACUAAAAUAACAGCUGUACCUCUGAACAUCACUGAUAAUACAAUUACUAAUUCAUCACUUGAUGAGAAAUAUAAUAUGACCAAUAUUCCUUUCAUCAUCAGCCCUGUUUCUUGGCUAGCUGCACAUGAAAUAGGUGGAAAAAAUGGUUUUUCACUACUAAAUGGAAGUUUUCAUGAAAAUACAACUUACAACUUUUCUACAGGAGAAGAGAUGGAAAUGCAAAGUGAUGCAGAAAUUGAUGACUCUUCAGAUCCAUUGAAACUCUAUAUAGAAGUUAAAGGACAAGCGCCUAUUGACAACAAAGCUACAAUAAUUAUUGAUCCAUAUGAUGAAGAUAUUGUCCAGACUAAUAGAAAAACUAUGAAGAGUUCAUCGCAUACUACUCUUCAAACAAAUGGAAAGACAAUUCCUGUUUCUUGGAGGAAAAAUAUAGAAUUAUCUGAAAAUAGACAUAGUAGAGUAUUUCCAGUUGAGCGAUUGAAAUCAAACAGACAGCACUCCAAAUAUAAUAAAAAUAAGGGAAGAAUCGAAUAUCAGACUGGUGCUGUUGUAACUUCAAGUUUUGAAAAUGGUUCAUGCCCUAAGGGAUUCAAAUACAAUGAUGAAAACGGAGAAUGUCAAGAUAUAAAUGAAUGCAUCCGGAAAUGGCAAAAUAAUUGCUAUCCAGGUGAAGUUUGCAUCAAUACCAUUGGCUCAUUCAUUUGUGAAUGUCGGCAAGGAUAUCGGGAGAGACCCAAUAAAGGAGGCUGCAAAGACAUAAAUGAGUGUUUGGAAGGUUCACAUCUGUGCUCGCAUACAUGUCAAAACACUAAAGGAAGUUAUCAGUGCCUCUGCCCAUAUAACAUGAUUUUAUCUGAUGAUUUUUUUAACUGUGUUGAAGUCUCAAAAGAAGAAUAUGAAGAUUACUCAUUAGGUUUAAAUGAUUUAGAUUACUUUGAAUCUUCUUCUACUAUAAUUCCUAUAUCAAAGAAAAGUAACAGAAAAGGAUUAAGAAAUCUUGGUUUUAGCCGAAAAGAAAAUUAUGACAGCAAUCAUGUUGUUAAUUCUGAUCAAAACAAAGAUAACGUAACUUGUAAAUCUGGGUUUAAUGCUGAAAAAAAUGAAUGUGAAGAUAUAAAUGAAUGCAUAGAGGAUGAAUAUGCCUGUUCUAAACAGGAGCUAUGUAUGAACACUCCAGGUUCCUAUGUGUGUAUCGAUGCUCCUUGUCCGGAUAAAUUCAUAUUUUCACCAGAAACUAGAUCCUGUUUACUCCUCUGCCUUGAUAAUGAAGUUGAUUGUACAGAUGGUGCUUUGAUCUCUGAGAGCCUUCAAAUUAUAAUUGUUCCAGUGUAUAGAGCAAAUUAUACUUUCGAUCCAUUUACAGAAAUACUUGUUUUGUUUUCUUAUGAUGACAAUAACCUCCCAAUAGAUGAAAGUAUAUAUGAAAUAGUACAAAAUGAAUCAGGUUUGCCAGUGAAAAUCAGGAGUGAAGAGAGAUUAGGAGUGUUAUAUGCUUCAAAUUACUUUGAAGUAGAAAAUAAAGAAAGUUUGAUAUUAAUGAGCUCCACUUAUGACUCAAAUGGUGAUAAACUACACUCCACAAUGUUUUUAAUUUUAAUUUAUAAUACCAAGUCAGUUACUUUAUGAUAUCAAAUUUUCAGGAAAAAUUAUUUAUUUUAUAUUAAUUUGUUUAAAAAAAAAAAAAGAAGGAAAAAUUAGAAAAGUGUAUAUUAGCUACAAUAAAAACUUAUUUAUUCAUAAAAAUUGAAAUGUUGUUGCUAUUAUUGGUAUAAUAAUUUGGAGUGAUCAAUAUAAUAAUUAACUUGGGUCAGAUAUGAAUUACUUUUGCUAACAAAUAUAACCACUAUGCAAAAUAAAAUAUUAAAAAAUAAAUCAAUGUCUAUAGAAAAAAAAUUCUAAUCUUCAACAUUGUGUCAAGAUUCAAACCCAAAAGUUCAUGUAAUUAAAUGCUAAAGUUUGAUUUUUAUAUGAUGUUUAUUAUGUGUAAAGCCCUUUAAAAAAUGCAGAAUAAUCACACUAACCUACAAGGCUACCAACCUAUUCUAGCCUCAAUGUGAAGGUCCAGAUUAUUCAUGUGCACUAACUGAUCGAGGAUUUAAUUUUGGGGGGCUUUAGCCCAAAAGUUUUUUUUGUAUGUAUAUAUUAGGAUAAUUACUUCGGAAGAAAGAAAGAAACUAACUACGUAUAUGAAAUGGUGUUUAAGUGAUUCUUUCAUUCCUAUUAAAUGUAAUUAGAUGAACAAUAAUACUUUUAGAGAUAAUUUUUUUCUUUAAACAUGGUUAUAUUUUACCAUUUUGGGAGGAGGGAGAAUUCUGAAAGCCUCCCUUCCCCUCCGUAGAUCCGCCUGUGUUCAUGUAGCUGAGUCCACAGCAAAAUAAAAGUCUACCUACAUAGCUCAGAUCCGAACUACUUCCAGCGCUGUGUGAGAGCUGAACCAACAAAUUUGACCACCUUGACUUAUGUUAAACCUUAAAUAGACACUUUAAAUUUCUUUUUUGAAAACAAUUAAAUGAAAUGUUUAAUUAAAAAAAAUUAUUUCCAACAGUAUAAAAUUUCUUUUAGAAUUUUUUAAACGAAAAUGAUUUCAAUUAAUUUAAAUUUUGAGUAAGAUUAUUACAACAAACUAUUUAUAGAUUUGAUUGGUGAAUUAAUAAUAUUUUAGCAAAUUAGAAGCAAAAUGUCUUUUAAAAUUUAAAAAAAAAAAAUGGACUUUGGAUCAAUCAAAUCGCAAAUAUUGAUAUAAAAAAUAUUUAUAAAUUUUGGAAGACUGUGUUAAUUGCAAACAACCGAAUAACUAUCUAUUUAUUAACAUAGGUUUAGAAGGUUAAGUUUCUUAACCGUUAUUAUUAUCGUAUUUACUUAUCGUCUUUAACUUGAAUGUUCAUUAUCGUAAGUUUAACGUUCAUUAUCAUAUUAACUUGAAGAUCAUUAUCGUAUUUACCUUUGUUGAGUUAACACCAUGUGUGCGCUGUGAUCUUUUUGAUAAUUCAUUGCUCGCAGGGAGUACACAUUACUCUAUUUUUAUUUAUUUUUUGAUUUUGAUUUUUUAAUUUAGAGGAACAGUUAGGUUUUUGUUUUCUAUUCUUAAUUUGUUUACAACAUUUUUCUCAGUUUGAGAUAUUUAUCGUGGAAAUGGCUGAUGUGCUAGAUCCUAAACCACCUGUCAUUCAAGAAACUUUUUUCAAAACCAAAUUAAAAUGGUCGAAAAAAUGUUUUAAUGAAGACAGGAGAAAACUCUGCAAGUAAAACGUUCGAAGAUAUCAGUCCUUUUAGAGUGUGCAGAUGUAUUAAAAGCCAAUGUCCCCAAGUCAAUGUAAAGUUUCUUAAAAUUGGCACUGUUUUAUUAGCAGUUAAUAAUGAAAAAGAUUUUAUUAACUUGGAAAAUAUAAAUACAUUUUAAAUUUUGUGAUAAUGUUCGAGUACAAAUCUCUAAAUUUUUCAUUGUGUAUUUCUCUGAAUUAUUGAAAUAUUCAGAUGACGAAUAGUUACUGAACUUGAAUUUCACUGUUAGAUAAGGUUAAAAGAAUUCAUAAAAAAAAAAUAAUGAGAAUAAGCCAUAAUUAAUAACCAUUAUUAAUCCUGAUUUUAUUAUAAGAAUAACUAUUAUUAAUCCUGACAUUUGAAAAUAGUGAACUCCUGGAUAGACUGGUCUUAGAUUUCAUUUCCAUAAGAAUCAGACCGUAUGAACCCAAACCUCUACUUUACUUUUCAUGAUAUAAUUAUAGACAUAUGGGUAAGUAGUGUAAAAUCAUCAAUUGCAGUAAAUAUGUAGAAAAUACACACAAAGCCGAAAACUGUACCAACAUUUACAUAGUGGUUUAAAAGACUACCUUGAGGAUUGCUGCCGUAUACUUACCAGAGUGGGAACGUCAAGAUUCAUUUCCCGGGGCCACUGAGAAAUGAAAAUUAACUGACCGAGAGAUGGGAAUUGAACCCACAAUGUUCAGAAUCAGGCACUCUGGAACUCAUACCGCAAUUUUCUGGGCCAUCCCAUCCUCUAAUAUUAUUAUAAGAUAUCUAUUGGAAUGCCUAGCUAUCAGAAAAGUGGAAUGUGGUAUGCAGUGACCUAAAAUCGGGAUACCUCAACCAUUAAAAAAAUAUUUCAAUAAAAUAAAAAAACAAGAAUUUCAGUCUGAUGUGUAUAUACUUUUUUCAAUAUUACCAAUGGUUUUUAAAACAUUUUUUAUUGAGAGCUUAUAUUCUUCUUAAUUACAUGGAGUUAUUAUUUUGUUGAAUUUUCAUUUAAACCUCAAUAGCUGAAUUCUGGUGGCUUUUAUUUUUAUAAAUAAGAUAAUGAAAAUUUGAAACAAAGGAAUUAAAAAGUUUAAUAUUCACAUUUAUUUAAAAAUAUGAAAUAUUUAUAGUUGAAAAUAUAUUCUGCAUUUAUUAAAGACAUAAAAACUGCAGGUUAGGAAUUAUUGAUAUUACAUUUAUUUCAAUAUAAUUUGAUUAAUUUUCAAUUUUCUCAUCUUCCACAUGUUUACAUAAGUUUAUGGAAAUAUAUUGGUAAAUGAUAUUUAAUUAAAACAUAAAAAGAAAAUCAAUAGUUAAACAAAUAUUUUGAGUAUUUGAUAUAACUUUUUGCCAUGAUUCUUAAUUAUACAAAAAUAUUAUAAUAUUAAAAAUAAAAAACAAUUGUAUGCAGUCUUGUUGUAAUCAUAAAAGAAAGUACUACAUUAACUUAUUUACACUGGCUGAAAUAAAAAUUUAGUAUACAUGCACUUCAGUUUUCAUCCACCAUUAAACAUACAUAUUCAAUAAUUACUGUACAAGGUAUCCAACAUUUUUAAUACAAUCAUUGUAUGGAUACAAUAUCUUACUUCAAUAAAUUUGUAGACAUAAUUUGUAGUUUUUUUGUUUUUUUCUUAUCGCUAAAUAAAUUAUAAUUUUAAUUAAGUCAAACUAGAUACUACCUUAAUUGUACUAAAAAUCACAAUUAGUUUACAAACAAUUAGUGGCUUUUAAAAACCUUUUAACCCUAAAUUGGUAUAUACACAUAAGGAAACAUUAUGCACCCACUCGAAAGCAUCCAAAUCACAAAUCAUAUUUGGUUUCUCAUGGAACUUAAAAAGAAAUUCAACUUAUAAAAUAGUGGAUGGUACGGAAAAACAAAAAAAAAAUGAUAAUCUUCAAUGUUUUCACUUGGAUUUUCUCUUAGUUGGUGAAACUAUCCUUAAAAGUGAUACCAAAGGAGCCUCAAAAAGAAUGGAAAUUAUAAAUGAAAUGAUGUAUGACAGGAUGAGAUGUCCUGUGUACAUAACAAUCUGAAACAGAUCAAGUUCUGAAAUUUAAUUUCUAACUUUAAUUUAGAGGUAUUACAGAUUUAUUAGAUCUAAUAUCUCAUAAUAUUAAACAAAUUUAUUAUAAUAAUAUAAAUAUCAAUUUCUCAAUUUUAAAUAAAAUUUAUUGGUACUAUUAUAAUUACAAAUAAUGAAUGACUAUUCUACUUACCACCAUCUCAGGGCUAAGAUGCAGUGGAGAAUCCAGCCGCAUAGUCAUCGAUCUAAUGACAACUGGAUGAACGAGAUAAGCGCAGUAGGUAACUCUACUAAAUGGGUAGAGGAUGCUUGAAGAUAAAAUAUCAGAUAUGUAACCUGUAAAUCAUAAAAUAAUUUCAUAUUUACAGAUUAUAUUCAACUUAUCAGUUUUAUUUAACGAUUUUCUUUAAAAAAAUAAAGAGAAAACAAAAAUAUAACAUAGUUGAUGAAAGUCCAGAUUAUAAUCACAGAUUCAUUUUCAGUCAACAAAUUGCUACAAAUCAACAAAAUAAUGUUACAUUCUGUAAUUCACUUCUUGGUCAAUUAUUUUUCAUUAUAAUUAUCGCUAUGGUUUCACCUGUGUUGUAGAUCUUCAUCAAGGUUAACCAGUAUUGUCUGGUGAUGGAGAAGAGUGGCCCUUUUUAAAAUAAAAAUUGAUAAUGCUGCUUUUCUCAUUUUACUUAUAACAAGUUUUAACUACUUGAUUUUUUAGUUUUAGUUGUUUUUUUUUUAUCAAAUUAUGUUUUUAGUUAUUUAGUUUCAUUUUAAAAAAAAUUGAAAUAAUUCCUUUUCUCUAAUUUAUUUUUUAUUGUAUAGUUUUUUCGUGUAGGCACAUCAGUACAUUUCAAUAUUUUUGAUGUCAAUGCAUAUUUGGGAAUUUUUUUUCUCCAUAUUUCAUGUGUCUUUUUACUUCAUAUUUUGAGGUUUCUUAUUGUAUAUUAUAUGACAUAUUAGGGUUUUUACUGCAUAAAAAUCCAGACUCUAUUGAUAACAUAUUCAGUGAUAGAAUCAGUUUAACAAUAUAAAGUUUAAAAGGUAUAAUUCCUCUUACUGUACAAAUUGUGUUGAUUAAAUCAUAAUAGCAAAAGAAAAAAGAAAUAAAUAAGCAUAAUUUGAGUUGUAAUUAAAAAAGAAAAAAGGAGAUUAUGAUGAAUGAUAGGAUAGUUCUUACAGUAAUGGGUAGCUACCCAAAUGGGCAUUAGAAUAGUGAGCAAAAUUAUGAUAGUCUUAUUAUUUCUUAAAUACCUAUAUUUUGUAUCAACUUCAAUUAACUUUUAAUGAAAGUCAACAAGCAUAUAUAUUAUACAAUUUAAUCUUGUUUAUAUUUUAUUUAGGCAUUUAAAUUGUUCUUUUAAUAUUCGUAAUUAAAUUAAGAUUUAUCUUAAGCAAAAAAUACUUCUUUUUUUUCUCAUCACCAAAACGUUUAUUUAAUAAAUUACAUAUAUAAGUAUAACAAAAGGGCGAUCCCCCCCCCUCGUAGUCUGCGUCUAUCUUUGCAAGCUUUAAUAAACUACAUACCUCCAUAACCUGUUGAACAUGCUAUAACGAUCCAAGAAAGACCUAAUGCCCAGAGUGUGUGAGAAAGAGAAGAAAAUGCUGCAGCAGUAAUAGGAUGGAGUUUAGUUCCAGAGAGACCAUAUAUCAGGAACAGAAGCAAGCUCAGUGUCAAUGUCCAACCUGUGAUCACCA